CAGGUCUUGAUGACUGUUCCCAGUCCAACGUUCAGCAGCACAGCCCUUCCCGUGAGGAGUCAGGCCCAGGAGACCCCUCCCCAAAGCCUGGACUUCAAAUGAGACAGUCUGAGAAUAUUAUAAGAAAAUCUUCGUUGCUGUACUCCGGGGAACAGGUUUUCCUGAGAAAAUGCCGACCACACAGAAAACACUGAUGUUCCUGGCCGGCUUUGUCACCAGCCUUGGGUCUGUCAUUACCAUUUGCUCGAUUCUUGGGACACAGGCGUGGGUGACCAGCACAAUUGCCUUCACAGACUCUCUUUCAAAUGGGAGCAUUGUCAUCACCUAUGGCCUUUUUCGUGGGACAAGCACUCAAGAGCUGCAGGAAGGACUUAAAGAACUGGACAGGAACUUCGAAGUUCUAGGAACGCUGGACAAUUCUUCCCAAAAAUCUCUGCAUUCGGUGACCAUUCUGCUCCUGGUCCUCAGCCUGGCCGCCGCGCUGCUCAGCUCUGGGACCACCUUCUACAACAGCGUCAGCAACCCCUACCAGAGCUUCCUGGGCCCCACGGGCGUGUACACAUGGACCGGCCUCAGUGCAUGCUUCGUUUUCCUGGCCAUGGUCCUGUUUGUGGGGAACACGGACUCCAAUCAUCUCUCAGAAAACCUGUCACAGAAGCUUUAUCCUCAAGUCACUAACAAAGGAACGACACACAGUUAUGGAUACUCAUUUUGGCUCAUUCUGCUUGUCAUUCUUCUAAAUAUAGUCACGGCAGUCAUCAUCGUUUUCUACCAGAAGGCUCGAUACCAGCAGAAGCAGGAACAGAGAAAGCCAAUGGAAUAUGCUCCUCGGGAUGGCAUCUUAUUCUGAGCUCUCUCCUGGCACUUCUGUGCUGGAUCUGCCAGAGCUCCGAGCAGCAGCUGCUCAGCUCCUUUGGACAACCUACAUGCUAAAGUGACUGUCGUAUAUGAUAGCUUUUGUAUCCCAUGGCAAUGGGUUCCUCACAGAUGAAGCUUGCAUGAAGCCCCUUGGAAAGGGCUCUCCCUUAAGGGUAAGAAAAAUGAAUGGGAAUGUGUGCUGCUCUGGGACUGUUCACAGGGAGUGUGAUCCAAGGCCUGUGGACUCCUCCUGCAUGGCCUCUCCAUCCUCAGAAAUAAAGGUCUGUGUUCCUCCCCUUUCCGGUGA